UGUGUGUGUGUGUCCUGUGUAGACUCUGCUGUCAGAGAAGGUGACUCAGAUGAUGGAGUGGGCCUCCAAGCGCUCAGUCAUCAGGAUGAAUGGCGAUAAGUUUCGUCGCUUUGUCAAGGCUCCUCCCAGAAACUACUCUGUGGUUAUCAUGUUUACAGCACUUCAGCCACAGAGACAAUGUGGAGUCUGCAGACAAGCUGAUGAGGAGUUCCAGGUGCUGGCGAACUCAUGGCGUUAUUCCUCUGCCUUUACUAACAAAGUCUUCUUUGCAUCUGUCGAUUUUGACGAAGGAUCAGAUGUCUUUCAGAUGCUAAAUAUGAAUUCUGCUCCGACCUUCCUCCACUUCCCAUCCAAAGGGAAACCUCGCAGGUCUGAUACCUAUGAGCUGCAGGUCAGAGGCUUUGCAGCUGAGCAGCUGGCUAGAUGGGUGGCAGACAGGAUUGAUGUUCAGAUCCGUGUCAUUCGUCCCCCCAACUAUGCAGGGCCUCUCCUGCUGGGCUUCCUCCUGGCUGUGAUUGGAGGCCUUGCGUAUCUACGGAGACACAAUUUGGAGUUUCUCUUUAACAAGAACGUCUGGGCCUUCUCUGCACUGUGCUUUGUUCUGAUCAUGACUUCAGGCCAGAUGUGGAACCACAUCAGAGGACCACCUUAUGCACACAAGAACCCUAGCACUGGCCAAGUUAGUUACAUCCAUGGCAGCAGUCAAGCCCAGUUUGUGGCUGAGACACACAUUGUCCUGCUCUUCAAUGCUGCUGUUACUAUGGGAAUGGUACUGCUGUGUGAAGCUGCUACCUCUGACAUGGACAUUGGAAAGAGGAAGAUUAUGUGUGUCGCAGGUAUUGGUCUGGUGAUGCUGUUCUUCAGCUGGCUGCUGUCCAUUUUCAGAGCAAAGUACCAUGGAUACCCAUACAGCUUCCUGAUGAGUUAGGCGACGAGGAUCCUCCAGCUUCACAGUAAGGAUGAACUUCAGGACAGGAAGUUCACCAAAGUGCCAUCACCCUGCGUGGUGCUGUCCAUGGCAAUGAUGCCUUAUUUAUGUUUACUUGCCAUGGUUUGUCUUUUGAUCUCUUGAGCCAAAAGUCUGUGUGUCACGCUGUGCCUUUACAAAGACUCAGCAAGCAAUUCAUUCAUCAUCAGUUUGCAGUCUAAACUUUCUUGUGCCAAAAUGUGUUUUCUAGAUUAGCAUUUUGAAAAGUAAACUAUCAUUUCUUAAAUUGAUUUAGUAAUAGUUAGUCCAAGUCACAAAUCUCCAUCUGUAUCUUUAUUUUUUUUAAACUGUUGGGACCAUAAACAGGUCAUAGACGGUUUUGUCUGUUAAGUUGUUUGUGUGUGGCUGAACUUGAACCAGCAUAUUAUUAUUAUUAUUAUUACCAUUGAAUAACCAUUCAUUUAUUCAACUUUUUAAGAAAGAGCAAAGAAAUUAAAUAGGUUUGCCUAGUUGGUUGCCCACUAAUACGGAUGGGAAUUGUAGUAUUUCCACCCAUUUACCAAAGCUAUGUAAAAAACAAGAUUUCGUAGAAACAAACAACAAUACUUGGAACCACUGGUCAUAACAUAGCAUUAUAUACUGUAAUAUUAUCAAGUAGUCCUUCGUUUCUGUGUUGUUGAACAAUUUUACUGUUUUAAAUCCUUGCAGGACCUUCACCACAAUGCUACUCUAUAAGCUAUGUGCCUUACACUGCUAAGCCACUGGGGUGUCUGAUCACAUGUAUGCUUAUAAUAAAAUGUCAUGUGAUUUUAAUAAAUCUGAAGGCAGUUGGAGCUAGAGCCAGUUUAAUUACUCAUCACUACUCCCAGUCAGUGAGCUCAGUUUGGGGUUAACAGAGUAACACAUCUCAGCAUUCAAAUGACUUGGUGGAUGCACGAGUAAUGAAAUUACUUGGAUUUACUUUUAACAUCAAAUGAGAAUUCCUCACACUCAGGGUUUUCCACAUACCUAUCUGGAAGUUAAAGUACUAGUAGAUUGAGGGAUGGAAGUUUCGGAAUCUAUUUUAUUCAUUAGUGGGGACAGAAUGAUCGUACCUCGCUACCCCAUUCAUCUUCAUAUUGCCAAAUGAGAAUACACAGUUUGUAGUAAAAAAGUUGGGGUUAUUUUUUUUUUCACUAUGAUUAGUGAAUGAAUGAAUGAAUGAAUUAUUAAAUAAUUUUUUACUUGGGUUUUGUGUAAUGUACCUUUGUUCUUUCCACUUGCAAUAGCUCUGCAGUGAGCUGGUGUUGUGUUUAAAUUGAAUAAUCUCACUUUCUUUUGUUAAAAAAUGAUGUGUCCCUUUAUCAAUAAGUAAAAUGGCCUUAACUCCACAGCUAUAUGCAGUUUUGUAGUUUUUAUAUCAUGCGAAGUAUACAAGCUCAUUCAUCAGAAUACUUCAUCAAAAGUAUAAUUUUCUUUAUGUUGUUUAAAAUAAGUGCUUUAAAUGUUUGUGGUUGCCUUAUCAGGUUGUACCAGGAGAUAAUAUUUGAUCCGAAGUGAUUAUUUCUGAUAUUAAAGUGCCUUAACUGCA